CAUCCAUUGUAUUAAUGAAAUACCCACCAAUUUAUUGUAUUUGCAUGACUGAGCGCAUAUAAGACCAACGUUGUGAAUGCAUCGCCUUGGAAUCUCCUAGAUUCGACCUGUCAUGGACGCACUCCGCAGUGCGGCACGUGAAUAUCUGAAAAAGGCAGACCGAGAGAACAGUCCGGAAUUCGACCCCGAUGGAGUUGCCCUGCCAGACGGACUGGACACUCUGUCUAGAGAUAUCCUAGACCGUAAUCUAACCAGUCAUCAAGAAACAUGUGAAAGCCUCCUUGUGGCACAGGCGUCUCUGAGAGCCUGGGGCUCUAAAUCUCUCUCUGAGACAGAUAGAAAAGCUGCAAAUGAUCUCUACGGAUGGCUCGGCCGGAUUUCUUUACCAUCAUCAGAGUUUGCAGAUGCGUUGGAGGUGGCCUAUUCGGCUGACAAAGAAAAACACAAGCCUCUUACAGACAGCUUGAAGGAUAGUAGAUUCAGAUUAUCACUAGGAAUCUCUGUGAUCUCGAGUCUGAGCACUAUCUUGCCCAUAGAAGAAGCAAGUAACGUCGUCGACAUCGUUACGACUCUUGCUAGUUUCACGUCUGAAAGGGAUCCAUGGACGACUCAGCAAAGCUGUAGACAGGCUCUGGAAGUCCUAGAUACAUAUGUCUCGAGGAGGCGAUCGGACGAUGCUUCCAGUUUAUGGUCCACUUUUGAAGAUACUCUCAAAACGAGAAUCAAGCCUCUUUUCGCAAAGACGAAGAAUCCAGCAAUUACCUCGACAGGUCGCAAGAAUCUGCAUCCUAUGCCUGCGACUCGGUUUGAUUACAGUUCGCUGGAUCCAGAAACCAAGCCAUGGAAGUACCGUGAUGUAUACUGUACCACAGUCUUUUCAUGGAUUCUUUCUAUUUAUCAGCCUUCAGACACCCUUCGCGUCGAGGGUCACUUCCCAUUACUUGUCCCACCCAUUCUCUCACUAAUCGAUGAUGAAAACAUAUCAUUCAAGACUCGCGGUUGCAACCUCCUCUCCAAACUACUCGUUCCUCUCCGAGAAGGCAAAUCCGACAUCCUCCGUCGGACGAACCUGUCCUCCGUUUUCGAAGACGCCAUCACACCAUGUCUCCUCUCCCUGCCAACAAUCACCCCCGAAGAAGAGUCCCUCCAGCUCCUUGGAGCCGCCUACUCAGCCCUCCUAUCGGUUCUGAAGACUCGCUACCCUCAAACCGACUCACAAUCGAGCUCCACCAAGAGCCAAUCUCGCGAGAACGACAAGACAGCCUACAUCCAUAGCAUAACGCAAAUCCUCCGCAUCAGCCUCAUCCCAUCCUUCCACCACAUCAGCUCCAACACACCAACCGCGUCCUCAUCCAUCGCAUCAUUCCCAUACCCGCGCCUAUCCACUUUCCUCCUUCAACAACUGAGCAUCAUCUCCAACGAAGUACGCAUCCACCUCACGAAACACUUACAGGAUAUCAUCCCCCUUCUCUACUCUACGCUAACCAACCCUUUCGGCACUGCAUACAUACCCCUCCUCCUGGCCGCGACGACAGCAACAAGGAGCAUUAUUCUCAACGCGCAUCCGCGCAUCUGGCGCUGGCGUGGAGAGAUCCUAGGCGGAAUAUGCACGUGCUGGCUACAUGUCCUUGAGGAAGAGAAAGAAAUCGCACAUCGGAUAGAGAAGGAUCAAGAUCAAACUCGUCCAGUCGUGGAUAUCUCUCCCUCGGCACAGCAGAUAGAACACGAAAACGGAAUAUCGCAACUUGAACGAUUGAAGAAUCAACUUCAAGGCUGUGCUUAUCUGCUCAAGGUGGUGCUGAUUUCGGUCUCGGAACAAGUCAAAGUAGAUGGGAAGUUCCAGGAGGAUAAUUGGCUGGGUCUUACUGAGGAUAUUGAUGUAGAGAAAGAGUUUAUGGAUCUUGUUACUGCGGAUGAGGAUUUGAGGGGGUUGUUGUUUGUGGAUAUCUCUCCUGGUGGUGUUGAGGAGCUGUUUGGAUAGAUAGAUCGGUUGUAUGGCUUGUAAUGUCUGAGUUUUUUUUUAAAAAAAGUAGAUCUAGGAAACGAGAACGACUAACUACUGAGCGAAAACAAACAUAGUAGAACAU